AAAAUCUGGAAAACUUAAAGCUAAAAAGUGCAUCCACAACAACAACAGUAAGAUCUUCAUUUGUAAUCUGAAAAAAAAAAGAAUAUGAUCACUUAUAUAUAGAACUCUCGAAAUAUAUAGUUCUACAACAAUGUUUAACCCUGAAAAAAGACAUCCAGAGUUUAUUAUUAUUAUUUGUUCCUGAACAAAAAUUAUAAUUCCUCAAAGGAUCGACCCUUUAUCUCUUUUAUUUUGAUUAAACCCUAAAGGCAAACUAAGAGUCUUUAAUAAGAUAAACACAAAAGGCCAUUUACCUUUUUCCCAUCAAGCUAGGAGCCAUGAAAAGUGUUAAUUUAAUUUGUUUCAGAGUCCUCCAAGUACUGAGAGUUCGAGGCGGCGAGUAUCGCGGCUCCAACGCCAGACCCGUCAUUCGAAUGAAUCACCUCCACGCUCUCUGAUGCUCUCUGAUGCUUCUUCUCCAAGCAACUCGUUCAAUGAGCUCUCCAUACACUCGCUGAACUGAGUGUAGUGCUCGAACAGUCCACCGUCCAUGGCAAUCACAGAUUUCUCCUGUGUUUCUCCGUCUUUGGGCAUGUCUCUUCCUAUUUUCUUGAGGAUUCCGUGGAUCCCAGCAGCAGAAAGACGAGCUUCUCGGGUGGCGAUGAUGUUACAGAGACUGAUCACAACUUUUCUUAUCUUCAGAGAAGUCGUAGGGACCUGAGAGUUCAUUAAUUAAAAGAAACUUUACGUUGAGACUUCAUUAAUAUAUGUUUACUGUGAAAUCCUUAUUGCAUAUCUGAGAUUCUGACCUCUAAUAUGUGAUUAACUUACAAUCCGGAAAAGUAUCGCUGUGCAUAGCAGACAUGUUUGGGGUCCUGCAUACAGCCAAAUCUGAAAGUUGCUUCGAUCAUCCUUAACUAAAGCUACCAACAAAAAUGACAACGGGGAGCUGGGUGAUUAACCUAAUACUAUUAUUCUGUGAGCUGGCCGCCUCCACCAGCAACCUAGUAACAAACUGAUAAUUUUUUUUAUCUAUUUUAUAAAGAAUAUCAUCUGAGAAUUUUAUAUAUAUAUUAAAAAAUUAUUUUAAAUUUACUAUUUUAUCCUCUAUUCACAUACAAAUAGAGAAAUUAGGCUGUAUAGACACAAAACAAAUGAUAAUUAAGUAUCUAACAAAAAAAAAAGUACCUCCAUUAUUUCUAAAAUAUAUACUAUAUUACCUUUAUCAUCCGGUUAAUGUUAAAUCAAAAUAUCUUCUUCUUCUUAUUCUUCAAUUAUCAGUUACCAUUACUCUUCUUCCAUCUCCGCUAUCUCUCAUUCCGCCACCGUUGCAAUAUAUUCAUCACCAACUUCACAUUGUGUUCUGUAUUUAUCUUCUCCAUAAGCACCACUUUUUUCUCUAGUCAAUUUUCUUUUUCAUAAUCAAUAUCACUUCAUUCAUACUCAGAUUCAUCACUGAGCCGCCAUCACCACAAUCGCCACAACAACCUCUAAAUCCAUAAUCUCUACUAGUACUGUAAAUUCAUGGUUGUAUUAUGCUAUUUAAACAAUUUGUACUAUGCUAUUUACUUUGUUACUAUUCUAUUUUAAUAAUAUUUCAUAUUAUCAACUAUGUGCAUAUUUUGAUAUUUAGGUUAAGGUUUAUUUUUUUUUAGGGUUUAGUGAUUAGUGUUUUGGGUUUAAUUAUGGAAGAUUUGGAUUGAAGUUGGGGUACGCAUUAUCUUUUUCUGCAAUCAUAGACACUUCAAAAUUUGAACAAUAUAUACUAUGUUAUUUCGUUUGUUACUAUUCUAUUUUGAUAAUGCUUCAUAUUAUGUACUAUGUGCAUAUUUUGAUAUUUGGGUUAUGGUUUAUAUUUCCUUUUAAGUUUUAGUGAUUAGUGUUUUGAGUUUAGUUAUGGAAGAUUUGGAUCGAAGUUGGGGUAAACAUUAUAUCUUUCUCCAAUCAUAGACAUUUCAAAUUUUGAAUAAUAUAUACUAUGUUAUUUCGUUUGUUUCUAUUCUAUUUUAAUAAUGCUUCAUAUAUUUAUGUACUCUUUACAUAUUUUGGUAUUUGGGUUGUGGUUUAUAUUUUCUUUUAGGGUUUUGUGUUUUGGUUUUAGUUUAUGAAAGUUUUGGAUUGACAUUGAGGUAAACAUUACCUCCUUCCACGCAAAUGUAAACAUUUCACAAUUUGAACAAUAUGUACUAUACUAUUUGUUUGUUACUAUUCUAUUUGCAUAAGUUGAUAUUUGGGUUUAGGGUUUAUAUUGUCUUUUAGGAAUUAGUGAUUAUGUACUAUAUUGCUAAAUUGUCUAUCAUAAAAGUUAUGUUUAUGCUAUUGUUAAUUUUGGACAUAAAUAAUAUAAUAUAUUUAAACUAUUUUAUGUUUUCAUUAAUAACUAUAUCAUUUACCAUGUUAUGUUCUAUUUAUAUAAUAGCACUAUAAUCACCAUCAUCGUCAAUAUUAUAAACACCACUCAUUUAACAACAAUAUUUGUUUUGUUUUAUUUAAAUGACAGAUGUUCUUACCGUCAACUGGUUUGGAAAAUGGACAAAACCAAAAGAAAAGGAAGAAAAUGCUAGGAGAACUAAUAACGUCAGCAUCAGUGCUAUAUUCUUAAUUUUCCUCUCAAAAUUGGCUAUUACACCAAUUAGCCCUACAAAAUAUCAGAAACAUAUUCAAGAUAUUGUGUUGAUCUGAAUUAGUAAUAUCCACUAUUCUUACUAGAUUGAAUUAGAUUUGUGUUAUACGAAAAUGUAUGUUAAUGGAAAUAAUGAUUAAUUAAUAAGUUUUGAACUAGCACAAGUAGCCAUGGACAUUUGGUUCGUUUUUUUUUUGGUUUUUCGUUCUAAUUAAAGCCUUAGGAUUCGUUUGAGUUUUAGAAAAUUUGGUUUGGUUUUGGUUUGAUUUGGUUCGGUUUUUUAUUCGAUUUGGGAACAAAGUUGAGAACCGCCUAAUAUCUAAAGUAAUUUUGGAUGCCAUUCGGUUCUGGAUUUUGGGUUAACUCAUGUUAAAAAAAUCAGAAAUUUUGGUUUUUCGGAUUAAAUAUCAAUUUCGAGUUGUCUGAUACAAAUUUAGAUAAUUUUAAAUAUUUUAGAUAAAAAGUGUUUUGGCAAUUCAUUUUUUUUGAUAUUUUGGUCUAUAAAUAAUAUUUUAAAAUUAUUUGAUUAUUUUAAAAUUAGAUAUAAUUAAUAUUUAUAAGUAUAUAAAUUAUAUUAGGAUUCGAUCGGUCCGGUUCCGGUUUGGUCUUGGAUUUCCGAUCCUAGAGAUAUAAGAUCUAGCUAGUGCGAUAAUUGAUAUAAUCUAAACCUGAACCAAACUUUGUUUUUCUAUUCAGUCCAUUUCAGUUUUUUAGUUCCAGAUAGAUGUGUCCAGAGGUAAGUACAAGUUAGGGUUACUUACUAUAUAUAAAUAAAUCAAAACCUAAACCCUAGUUUCAUUAGUGUGCUCGGCAGGUAAGCGCAGACAUGAAUACGGCCAAGGAUUUGAUCAAGAAAAAGAAGAUACAAGGAGUGGUUAGUUCUACCGAUUGGUCCAAACUUUCCCCUGAUGUUUUGCGAAAGAUCUUCGAAACCUUGAACCCCCUUGAUUCUCACCGAUCAAAACUCGUUUGCUCAGAUUGGUAUUCGGUCUGGAAAACAUGCGAUAAUCUGCCUCCAUGUCCGCUUCAGAUCAUACACAUAGGUGGUUCUCCGAUCUUGUCCGAACACCAUGUCUACCAACCAGACGGACAAGAUUUACACAAGAACCGUCGCCGGAUCAUACACGAAGAAGGUGGUUCUUCUACCUGGUCGGAAAACACUCACUACCCAAUAACACUCGCCGGAAAAAGUCUAAAGAGGAGCUCUUGUAUGGCUAGCUACGGGAGUUGGCUCCUGAUGGUUGAUCAUUGUGACAUCCAUCUUUUGAACCUUAUAACGUUAGAGAGGAUCAAUCUUCCAACAAUGAAUCUGCCAGCACUUGAUUUGAAUAAUAAUUGGGAACGUGGAUCCUUAAGCGGGGAAAAAGUGUCGAGAGACGUUCUCCAAUGGAAAAACGCAGCUGUUCUGUGGAUAGACGACAGGUCAGGUGAUUAUUUCGUUGCUUGGAUAUUCCGACAGACUUAUUUGAUCUCACACAAGAAGGGAGAUUAUUCGUGGUCGAGUUUCAAUAUCCAGGGCAAAGGUUCGGGGUUCAUGGAUGCGGCUUAUAGGAACAGUAAGCUUUACGUGUUGACAGUUGAUAAGCACAUCAAUAUUUUCGACUUCUCUCUAGAUUUACCUAGAAAGUGUAACCUUUGUAAGUAUACUCCUUUUCGCUUUGAUGAAAAACCGUGGGAAAGUAUUUGGAAGACGAGACUAGCUAUUAAGGAAUCAGGAGAGGUUCUCAUCGUCUUGAGCUUAAAAGAAGUGAAGAACGAUCAAGAGAAGCUUUUGUUUUACGUAUUUAAGAUGAAUCUUGAGAGUUGCAAGUGGGAGAGAGUGUACUCUAUUGGAGACAACGAGAUGUUGAUUUUUGGUCAAGGUGUUACGGUAAAAGCACCGGUUAAAGAUUGUUUUGGUCAUGGAAUCAAGAGUGGUUCAAUAAAUUUCGUUGAAGAUGAUGUUGGGCCAGAUCAUGAUGAUGAUGAUCAUGGUUCGGUCUGCGGGGUCUUCGAUCUUGCUACAAGUAGAAUCGAAUGGCCUAAGAGAACAUGUUAUUACAUAAGCAGAACUCAAUGGUUUGUUCCUGGAGUUGUUUAUUAUUAGUCUUUUUGUUUAAUUAGUUUUUUCUUCAGUCUUGGUGAAGUGAUUUUGUUUCUUUUUUUUUUUUUUUUUUUUUUUUGUCAUCCAUUUUUGUUUCUUUCAGACGUUUUUAUUUAUUUGUCUUUUUGUUUAAGUAGUUUUUUUCUUCAAUCUUGGUGAUUCCCACCCACGUUACUAUUGUGGGAGAACAUAGAGUUUUCUUUUAGUCUUUUGAUUGCAAAAGUGCGGCUGUAGCGAUGAAUGACUAAAUGUGUUAAAAUGCAACGAAAGUGCCUUAGAGCAACUCCACUGGUGAAUCCCUUAGAGCAACUCCAUUGGUGAAUCUCUAAGUGUGGUUCUUAGCAUUUUUUUUAAUUAUUUUAAUUAAUUUUGAAAAGUUAAAGACUUUCACUUUUUUGGGUGUCCAUUGGUGAACUCCAAAAUGGGGCUUUUAGAAAUAAAAUAAUAUUAUUAAAUUUAUGAAAAAUAAAAUUAUAUUUAUUGAAAAACAAAUAUUAAACAUACAAUAAUUAUGACUGUUGAUGAUCAAAUUUUGCAAAUAAAUUCUCAAUUAAAUUUGUCUUCAAUCAUUCAUGUAUCCUUUGGUCGCGAAGUUCACUCCAAAUGACAAGCAUAUUACCGAGAUUCGUAUGCUUGAAAAUCCUAAUUUCAAAUCGAUCCCCAAAUCGGUUUUAAACCCAAAAUCGACCACAAAUGUGAGAGGAAAACAGUAUGGAACAAGUAGAAAUCCAUAAAUCGAAUCCUAAACAACUCGGAUUAAGCAUGCAGAAAUCAAUUUACCUUAUAGCAAUGACGAUCGCCGAAUCGCAGAAAAUUUCUCUCGGAGAUUUUUUUUUUUUCUCUCGCGUAAAAUGAUAGGAUUUUUUAACCAAACGAGACUAGAGCAAAGGGAGAACCAGUUACAGCUUGCCACGUCGUUUAGGACUAACCUCUAAAAAUCUUUAAUUAAGAGGUGCCUCUACCGAAAACACAACAUAAUAUUAAUAUUCUAAUCUAUACCGCGUAAGAGGCUGGGCUAUAAACUUCUUAAAAGCCAGCGAUGGAGCUGGUCUUAGAUGAUAAUAAACGGCAUACAGACCAGUAGAUUUGUUUAUUUUGUCAAAUGGUAGGAAAAAACAACUUAAAAUCAAAGUUGAUAACUUGACAUCCAACAGAUUCAGCUUUUAUUUUCAUGAAACGAAUAAAAUAACUUUUUUCUUACAAAGAGGACACAUGUUCGUGACCAUUAGCCAUUCCUUGAUGCAUCCGAAGUGAAAGUCAUGCUCACAUGCAUGGCCACAUCCAAGUUUUGAAGCGUCAUCAUUGUACUUAAAUUCGUACAGACAUACCACACAUUUCUCUGAUUGCCCCCAAUGUUUAAACCACCAGCGUAAAACAUCCCUCAUCAAAGUAUAAUAAUACCUAACAAGAGUUAUAUUAAUAAACGCAGAUAGAAAGAAAACAUGUCAAGCGACUCAAGCCCUUGGUGCGGCUACUCGGGUCAGAAAGAAAACGUGUUAGGGUGAACAACAACAAAUAGCUGGACUUAACUCAGAUUUAGGAAAUAAACUAUACUCUUUUUCUGUGGUUUUUAUUUGUGCAUCUGAUUUAUAAAGUUUUAAUUUGAUUAAGAAAUUAAACAGAUAUGAUUAAAUGAAUUGCUUGUUAGAACUCGUUUUUGACAAAAUGGUUUUAGACCAUAUUUCGGUAAGUUUUUGGGCGAAGACGUUCGUCGGAAUAACCGAAUGUUUGACACUAUGAAGUAGUGUAACCACAUGUCAAAAGCUUAGUGGUUUGAAUGAGAAAUGGAGAUUUAAAGUGGGUUACUUGAAAAGCUUAUAAAGCUUCAAAAUUUUGCUAAAUGUAAAAAUUAGCAAAUAACCACUUUAGAGAUUAUGGAUUUGGACUAUGGUCUUAAUUUGUUAAUUGGACAUUAUAUCCAUUAACUUAUUAUUACACAAAACUUAUGAUAAUCUUUUGUGUUAAAUUGAUCUUACACAAAAAAGCAAAUCCAUAAUGAAGUAUAUUAGUGUUUUUCAGAUUGGUCAAACAUAAUAUCUUCAUUUUAAUCACACAAUAAAAUCUAGGUGAUAAUGGUGUUUGACUCAUCUUUAUUGUGAUUAAUAUAUGUAUUAAAAGUCUCCAUAAUGCACUUGUACGUUUUGGUUUUGUAAAAGCCACUAACUUGUGCUUCUCAAUCUCUUUUCUAUAUAAGGCUAAUAAGCCAUUUAGAAAAACGGACUCAUACGAUCAACAACAACAAAACCAAGAUCCUCCACUUGAAUAUUUUUUUUAGUUUUUUGAGUCUGAGAGUACAACACAAAAUUAGGUUCGAUAGAUUUUGUUUUUCGGUGAUGGUGAACAUAAACAAUGUUGCAGUUGUAUCCUGGGAGUCUGAGCGCCAUGAAACCGUCACACUACGAGACGUUUAAAGAUUUAAGGAAAGAGAUUAACUAUCUCGACUCUGCAAUUCUUCUUUAUUUUUAUAUUUUGGUAUUGUAAUUUUAAUUUAUGUUCUUAUUAUUCUUUACAAAUAUCAGUUGUCCUAUGGUAGUAAACUAAGGUUCUUACAUUGCUAUCUUUCGUAACAUCUCAUCCCUUAUAUAUUAAUUGAGAAACACUGCAACAUUGUUUUGUAGUCACAUGUCACCACGAGAAUGAAAUUCAGAAUUCUUAGAAAAAUAGGUUGGUCCAUCUUAACGUAUAUUAUAUUUUUUAUUAAACUAACUAUUAAAUUGAUAAAUAGUGUACAAAAGAAUA